AGCAGCGUCACGUGUACAUUCCACUCACAUGUAGAAGUUGGCGCUGCAUGUGGGGGAGCGCGCGCUGUCGUGGAACGAAAGUGUGGGACGAGCUAAUAUUUUUUGCUGAUAAUGUUUUAGCCCCUGAGCAUUUUGGGGAGAAGGAGACAAUACCAAGCGGAUGGAGAAUGACCUAUUUUCAACGGCCAAUAAAUCAACCUUGUUGUCAAGAAUCCACGGUGGACCGACUGACUGGUGCACAUGGGGACCUAUAAAAGGGCUGUCGGCGGAUUUUGAAGAUGCCAACUGGCAUCGGCUUGAGAAAUAGUGGUAUAUUUAGAAUAAACGUAUAGCCUAGGCAGUAGUCUCACUUGCCUGCCUAUAUAAUAAUGGGAAGAUUGUGUAAUUUAAUUUGAUUACACUAUAGCAGCAUUCUCUCGCCACAGGACACAAUUCCCACGUGCGGUUUUCAUAAUCCAACAUCUGAGUAGUGUUUUCCCUGCGGCUCCCAGGGAGCGGGGACUGAGCUCACACAUUCACACAUGCGAGCUGUUCGCUCCGCUGCCUCCGUCAGAGAUCCGCGCCUCGGCAAUUUGAAAUGAGGACGGCAACCCGACCCUUUGCUGUUUGAAACUAUAGGCCUACUCGGGUGAUUUCUGCGGUCCGAACCAUCUGUGGCACGGCGCUGAGUGGGACGCUAUCAGCAGUGAUAGGGAGGAGGACGAGCCUGCUGUCCGCUAUACCCCAGCCUGGUCCCCGCGUACGGUACAGACAUGGAGCCUCUACCGGAGCAGAACUGCACCAUGUCAAAAAAGAGAGCUAUAGCUACAAUCUUCAAAGUUCGCAAGAGGAGACAGAUGCUUUUCGUUCAAGUCUGUUUUAUCUGCAGUAUUCUAUGUUUGGCAUGGUGCAUGUCCGCCCUGCUCACAAAAACAGGACAUGGUCUGGUCCUGGAGCAGGGGCUGGCUGACACAUCUGACCGUCUGGGACGCAGGCUGAUGGCCUUGGACGGGGACAAUAACACACUGGAUAAGAAUUGCACUGAGCCAGCCAUCAAUGAGUUCCCUGAGGAUAUCUUCACCACCUACCAACGCACAAGAGGAGCUGUCCUGCUGCACAUAUUUGCGGCCCUGUACAUGUUUCUGGCCUUGGCAAUCGUCUGCGAUGACUACUUUGUGAUGUCGUUGGAGAAGAUCUGUGAGAAACUGGACCUGAGUGAAGAUGUGGCAGGAGCUACGUUCAUGGCUGCUGGCAGCUCAGCACCAGAGCUGUUCGCCUCGAUUAUAGGUGUGUUUAUCACUCAUGGAGACGUGGGUGUUGGAACCAUAGUGGGCUCAGCAGUAUUCAACAUUCUAUGCAUCAUCGGUGUGUGUGGAAUCUUCGCUGGGCAGGUGGUGUACCUGACUAAGUUUGCAGUGUUCCGUGACUCGUUCUACUACACUCUGUCUGUGUUGGCAUUGAUUGCAUUCAUCUAUGAUGAGAAGAUAGUGUGGUGGGAGAGCUUAGUGCUGGUAGUGAUGUACUUUGGGUACAUUCUGAUCAUGAAAUUUAACACCAGCAUCCAGAACUAUUUCUCUGGGAAGGAAGACAAGAGCUUGGCCAACAGUAACACGGUGAUCAGCAGUGAACUGGAGGAUGGUAAUGCUUGUUAUGACAGUUACAUAUGGGAUGAUCUGUCCAAGCCGUUACUCUCUCCAGGUAAAGUGAAGCCCACUAAGAUGUACAGUCGUAGCUCUGUGGUGAUGGUAGAUGAGAUUAUCAACUCCAGCCCUCCUAACUACCGUUUCCCCGAUGCCGGCCUGCGCAUCAUGAUCACCAACCACUUUGGCCCCAAGACACGCCUCCGCAUGGCUAGCCGCCUCAUCAUCAAUGAGCAACAGAGGUUGGUGCAGGCAUCUAACGGUGUGGACAACGUGACCAUGGUGAUCACGGAUGGUAAACCUGAGACCUUGGAGAACGGCACUGUACCAGAGGAAAAGACUGUUGAGGAAAAGGAGGGAGAAUCCCUGAAUUCACCCUUCAGCGUCCCUGGGGGCUGCAGGGAGACAGUGAAGUGGCUGAUCUCCUGGCCCAUCCUGCUGCUACUCUACUUCACUGUGCCAAACUGUGCCAAGCCUCGCUGGGAACGCUUCUUCAUGCUCUCCUUCUUCCUCUCCACCGUGUGGAUCGCCGUCUUCUCCUACUUCAUGGUCUGGAUGGUCACCAUAAUUGGCUACACUCUGGGCAUCCCUGAUGUGAUUAUGGGAAUCACCUUCCUGGCAGCAGGCACCAGUGUCCCCGACUGUAUUGCUAGCCUGAUCGUUGCUCGACAAGGUCUUGGAGAUAUGGCGGUUUCCAACACCAUUGGUAGUAAUGUCUUUGAUAUCUUGGUGGGACUGGGGCUCCCCUGGGCGAUACAGACCAUGGCUGUGGACUAUGGUUCUGAGGUGAUGAUCAAUAGCAGAGGGCUGGUCUACUCUGUGGUGCUUCUUCUGGGCUCUGUGUUUCUGACAGUUCUGGGGAUCCAUGUGAAUCAUUGGAAGUUGGACCUGAAGCUGGGUGUGUACGUACUGGUGAUGUACGUCAUCUUCCUGUGUUUCUCCAUCAUGAUCGAAUACAACGUGUUCACCUUCGUCAAUCUGCCAAUGUGUCUGGAGCAGCUGUAGGACGGCCUACACCACCAGACAGGUGUCCCUGCUGAAUUAUAGACUCACAUAGCCCUCUGAAUCUAAACUUAGCCACUAACUACUCAAUCAUUUCUAUCCUGAAAUCCCCCCCCCCCCACACACACACUCCUUUUAACACCCCUUUUUCAUUCCAGAUGUAAAUGUCUGCCCUUUCUAUAUCCCUUUUCCAUUCCUUCACUAUCUAUCAAUAAUAUAGAGAGGUAGGCUAGUGGUUAGAGUGGUGGACUAGUAACCGGAAGGUUGCAAGUUCAAAUCCCCGAGCUGACAAGGUACAAAUCUGCCGUUCUGCCCCUGAGCAGGCAGUUAACCCACUGUUCCUAGGCUGUCAUUGAAAAUAAGAAUUUGUUCUUAACUGACUUGCCUAGUUAAAAAAAGAUACAUACAUUCAUUCACAAUAUCUUCAGUUCCCCAAACACUCUCCCUACAUGUUUUUCUGCUGUUUUUUUUUUUUUUUUUUUUUUUUUUUUUUGCUGUCAAUGAGAAGAGGAGAUACCAACAGAACCGUAUGGAUUCUCCUUACUAACCCAGAGGAACCGAAGGCUACUCUUUGUCUUUCCCUCCAGAACCCAACUCACCGUCCAAAGGAGAGAUACACAGCUCACGUCUACACAGAACCCAUCUGGCUGAAACCCUCCUAGUCUUCACAACAUAACCCAGGACCACCAUUACACUUCCUAUACUUCCGUCCUCCUCUGUUUGUAUCUCAUCCGGUCUCAGAAAUAUUUUUGGGGUCAGGCAGCUCACCGGCCUCCAUCCCUACUAAAGAAAAGGACCCAAGCAUUUAUGAAUUCUUUAUUUAUUGCCAUUUUGAUUUAUUCUAUUAUCUUCUUCCUUUGGAAGUAAAACAAACAUUUCAUGAACAUACUGCACUUUAGAUGUUGCGUGUGAAAAGAAGUAGAGUAUAUAUAUGACAUAAUAUAUUAUAUUUUUCAGUGUUGCACUUCCUUUGUGUGGUUCAAUAAGGAGAGAGAGGGGGAGGCAGCAUGUGCCAAAUCCUAUCUCUCUUUCGCUGGCAGGAAGAGGGGAGUCCAGGGGAGAACCUGUCAUUCUUCUGUUUCUGGACACUCCAACUGCAAGAAACUGCUGACCAAGACAUCGAUACGCCGUUUCCUGUGUUUGAGUGUGAGUGAAAGUAGGUGAGACAUUGCAAGGAAGGGAGGAGAGUCUCCUCUAUUAGUAUUCAGCACCACUGUGGAGAGGAGAACACAUCUUGGAAGUCUAUGCCCCAUUGGUGCUUGGUGGAUGCUGAUUUAAUGGUGGAUGCUGAUGAUGGGGAUCUGUGCUUCACAAUGGAACACUUCUUUGUGUUUGUGUUGUGUGUUUGUUUAUAUGUAAAUACGACCUGUCAUGCACAAGCUGAGGUUCUCUCGGUUCGAACCCAGUGCUACCUUAAUUCUGCCAGUCGGGGAAGGAGGGGCAAGUGGGAUGCAGUUCCUGUGUAGAUAUUUUAAACUGCUUCUGUCUUUCCCCUACCCUGCUCCAAAUCCUUCUCUUCCUCCUCCUCACUUCUUUUUCUCCUCCUGGCUCUCUCUCAUUGUGAUUUUGUCUUCUCUAAAUGCACAAUGGGACAUUUAUUUACUUCUCCUGCGGAGCAGAAGCUUAGCGUGAUGGGAUCACUACCCUGUCCGUCCGUCAACCUCCAAAUAUUGGCAGCUACGAGUUGAGUUGCCCUCCACCCAUCUGACUGACCUUGUUAAGGGUCGUGUUCAUCAGGGCACACAAUGGAAAACACCUUAAACCGAAAAAGUGUUUCUUAUUGUUUCAGUCCGUUUGGUACCUAAUGAACACAACCCAAUUCAGGGGUCACUAUGGGAGCAGAGGGUGGCAUCUGUGUCAGUGUCAGUCAUGACUGGGUGUUUCAGUGUUGAAAGGUUCUGUCACUGUUGUCUGUGUUAAAAGGCAGACGUUGGAUGGAGUGUGUGGUAUAUACACUCAGUGACUAGUUUAUUAGGUACACCAAUGGUUAGCUCCUACGCACAGUGAGUCACUUGGCCAUGGCUUGCUAUAUAAAACAGGCAGACAGGCAUCGGGGCAUUCAGUUACUGUUCGAUUGAACGUUAAAAAUGGUCAUAACUAGUGACCUAAGCGACUUUGAGCAUGGUUUGAUUGUCGGUGUCAAGUGCACCGGUUCUGGUAUCUCAGAAACGACCAGCCUCCUGGGCUUUUCACGCACGACAGUCUAGUGUUUACCGAGAGUGGUGUGACAAACAAAAAACAUCCAGUCAGCAUCAGUCCUGUGGGCAAAAACAGCUCGUUGAUGAGAAGUUGAAGGAGAAUGGCAAGAAUCGUGCAAGCUAACAGGUGGGCCACAAACAGGCAAAUAACGGCGCAGUUCAACAGUGGUGUGCAGAACGGCAUCUCGAAUCACACAACUCUUUGGUCCUUGUCACGGAUGGGCUAUUGCAGAGACGACCUCACUGGGUUCUACUCUUAUCAGCUAAAAACAAGAAGUGGCUCCAGUGGGCACGCGAUCACCAACACUGGACAACUGAGGAGUGGAAAAACAUCACCUGGUCUGACAAAUCCCGGCUCCUGUUGCAUCAUUCUGUUGGCAGAGUCAGGAUUGGAUAUAAGAAGCAGGAGUCCAUGGACUCAUCCUGCCUGGUGUCAGCGGUACAGGCUGGUGGAGGUGGUGUAAUGGUGUGGGGAAUGUUUUCCUGGCACACGUUAGGUCCCUUGAUACCAAUUGAGCAAUGUUUCCAUCCCCUGAAGAAUUGAGGCUGUUCUGGAGGCAAAGGUUGUCCGACCCAGUACUAGAUGAGUAUAACUAAUAAACUAGCCACUGAGUGUAUUAUAUAAACACAUGUAUGCAAUCUCAAUUAAAAGAGGACCAGUUAAGGGUGGUACAGUAUAUUAUGCAUUUGAGAAUUUAUUGAAGCUGCUGAAAGCAUUUAUACUAUACAAGUACAUGAACUUAUGCACACACAUGUAUGCAUGCACAAAACACACACACACACACACUUGUCAAAUGUUUACUCCCCAUGCCCAAAGUACACAUACACAAACUUUUCAAACAGGCACAGGCAAUCUCAUAAACACACACACAAAAUACAUUUUCUUGUCUCAGUGGUAGUAGCUGGUGCAUUGUUAAAUGUUAAGUGAUGAUCUGAUCUGACAGGAGGGUAAUGUCAGUGUUGAACGAAAGCCAGAUGAAUGUUGCUACGGUCUGUUUAUUAUGGUCUGAGUUAUGAUGUCACCUACACCUUAGGUGCAUGGUAAAUAAACAAACAAACAAAGGGCAGGCUCUAGUACUGGUCUGGGUCAUGUUCAUUACAGCACGCAAUGGAAAACAUUUUGCAAUAGAAACUAAAAUAAUAAUUUCUUAUUGGACAAGAACAGAUAGUCCCCUCCAUGUUUCAGUCCAUUUCUUAAAUGUGGUGCCUAAUGAACACGACCCUGGUGUGUUAAAGGCAGGCGGUAUAAGACAAUGGUGCCCUGCCUGUGCCCUGGAUAUUUGUCCAUCCUCUUACAGUCUCAUUGAUGUCUUGUGUUUUACUCUGUACUGUAUAUUCUUAUUGUAACCGGGAUAGAAGCCUCUACUCCUGUAUUUUUUGUGCAAUUCUUAACUCCAAGAAACAAAAAAACAUUUUGAAAAUUGGUCUUGGAAAAGUGGCCAUAUGUUUUCAAAUCUCACUUAAUUUAUUCCAUCCCUAAAGCAUUCUACUCAUGUCAUGAAAAUAAUAUAAUUUUGUGACAUGGGUUUUAGUUGUUGUUAUCACAUAUGAACUAAGGGAUAUGUGCAUUUUUUGUAAUCGUAACAAUACAUUUUGAAAUAAAUGGAUGAGCAGAUCUAAGUUUAAAUAAUUUGUCACCAGGUGGGGCUGAGGGUCUCCUGUAGGGUCAUAUCCAUGUUGUCAGUAAACAAACAAUGCACUGAUGUUUAUCAUAGCUCUAUAAGGAGUACCAUAUCUCACUAAAUACCCACUUCUGUUGGUGAAAACCUUUGUCAAAUAGAAACUUUGAGAGGAAGUCACCAUUAAACUUGACUGCACUGUAUGGCAUGCAUGAACACAACACGCACACACACACCUACUUUGGCUCUGAUGUUAUACACACAAUUGUGAGAGACUCUUAAGUGAAUGUUCCCUGGUUCACUGUGAGUGAAGGGUCGUAAGGUAAUUCAUCAAAAUUGAUAAAAGGUAGACUAUAGAGUUAUUACAAAAACAACUUAAAUUUAAGACAUUGGUGUUUAACUUGAAUGUAUUUGUCUUGCUAUAAAUGGAUAUAUCCAACCAAUGCAUUUUACUGUAAAGCAAUAUUCAUCAAAGGAUUUCAAAAUAUUUAUGUAUAUUGUUAAAUGAAUCAUGAUUAUCUACGAGAUGGAUGAGCUGGAUGACACAUUAAAUAAUACUGUUGAUAAAUGCCUACUGUUCUCUUUAAAAUAGCUUUCUUUGAUCCUACAAUGUGUACUUAUACUGAACAAAAAUAUAAAUGCAACAUGUAAAGUGUUGGUCCAAAGUUUCAUUUGCUGAAAUAAAAGAUCCCAGAAAUGUU